AUGUAUGCGUUGUCUCCUUCUAGUCUGAUGAUUUCUCCCACGAGCCUGAGCCAGCCUACCCUAACCAACUCGUACAUCUUUGUCCCGCUCAUCUGCUCAGCAAUCACCACUGCAGCAGCAGCAGCAGCAGCAACAGCAGCAGCAGCAACAGCAGCAGCAGCAGUGGUAGCAGCAGCAGCAGCGGAAGCGGCAGGAGCAGGGGAAAGAGCAGCAGCAAUGGGAGUUGUAGAGAGGGAGAGGCAGCAGCAGAAGCAGCAAAAGCAGCAGCAGCAGAAGCAGCAGCAGCAGCAGCAGGGACAGCAGCAGCAACACACAACGAAAGAGAGGAGUUGA